AUGGAUUUGGGCGCACCCCUCUCCGGCAGUCCUGCUUCGGCUCCCAAGACGACUUAUGAGCCCGUUCAUGCCAACGAAGCUCAACCCAUUGCCGUAUCUCCCCAUGAUCCAAAUGUGAUACCACCCACUACAGUGCCAACUACUGGUGUUCAGGUGAAUGGACAUUCAGCUGCCACUGACUAUCCUGCAGGUCAAGAUACUCGAGUUCCUGCGGUAGAUUCGUCCAAUACCGAUCAUCCAGUCGCUCAACAAGCUCUUCACGAAAAACCUCAUGAAACCGCAGUUCCCUCCGUGCCAUCUACCGAAACUCACCACUUAGACCCUUCGAGGGGUACAACAGCUUCUGCAGCUCACGCUGGUCAAGCUCAAGCUCCUACAGCAUCCAUAGAUCCAUUUAAGCCAUCUUCGGAAUCCGCUCCAACUGCUCUACCUACCAAUGCCACCACCCAUCCUGAAGAACAAAAGCGGGCUAUGCAGAAUGAGCACCCUGCUGUAGUUCAUAGAGAAGUGGAAAAGACUAAAGCGGAGACAAGAGAACUGAAAGGAGAAAAACCUCAGGGGACAGUGGUAUCUGGAUUGGAGGAUGAUAGAUUGUGGGCCAUGUUGAGAAGGUUUGAUGUGCAAAUUACCCAUGUACUUCACCCGGCACAUCACCUUCCUCCCAAAGAACCUGAUCUUCGUCCAUCAACCUUACCAAACCUUCCUUCCCAUUCUGAUGUCCUUCGUUCCAACCUCGAAAGGGUAUUUGCCGCUGUCGGGCCAUCUUCCGUCCGAGGUGUGCGAGAAGCACAGAGACUCAUGUCAUGGUCGCCGGAAGAACGAUUGAGAACUGGUAUCUUCUGCGCCUCAUACUUCAUCUGUUGGAUUUUCGGCUACGCGGUCGCAGGUGUAGUCUCAUUCCUGAUCGCCGUUGUCUGCUUCCCCGAAUGCAGGAGAUGGUUUUUCCCUCCUGUAGCGCCUGCUCCAUUCACGCCACCCAGUGCUACAGAUCCUACCAAUCAAAAAGGAGAUGAGAGUAUUUUGGGUAACGUCGACGGUAAAACUGUCCAUCGGAGCAAAGCAGAACAGGCAGAAGAACAAGCGUUCGAGGCUACCAGCAUUUUGCAAGCUUAUACUACUAGAUUACUCUUCGACGGAAGGAAGAAAGGCAAACAAGCUGGUAACUCUGAAGUAGGAGAAAAGAAAAGGGAUGAUGAUUCCUCUGAUCUGGACGACGAUGUUGCUCCCGGACAACCCCCCGUUUCUCGCGAGAAACACGGAGAGAGCCAGGCUCAAGGUCUCGAGUCAGGAACUGUUGUUAUUGGUGGAGAGACUAUCAACUCAGACAAACCCUUGAAUGAGAAAGACAAGAAGAAAUUAGCUCAGACGGAAGCAAAGAGAAAGAGGGAUGAAAUGGUAUCCAAGAUGACCAAAGCUACUGAGGAGGGUCUAGGUGCAGUCGCUGAUACUAUCGAGAGACUAACAAACGCUCUCUCACCCCCUGUACCCUAUCCCGACUCCUAUGCGAGAUUCAAGAUUGCCGGCGCUUUCCUUGUACCCGUCAUGUUCUUGCUCACUUUCGUUCCUCCUUGGGUAUUCGCUCGAUCGGCGACCUUUUUCUUCGGUGUCGGCUUCUGGGGACAACCAUUAUUCACAUCGCCAUUGUUGAUGAAGGCUCUUGACAAGUUUGUGGAGUUGGUACCGAAUUGGCAAGAAUUAUUGGACAUACGAAACUCGAUCUUAUCAGGCGUUCCUACCGAUGCUCAAUUAACUCUUCACUUAUUGCGAGUUGCUGAAGCGCUCAAUGCGCCUUUACCUCGACCUCCGCCUCCUCCUCUCGAGGGCACACCAAAGGAAGCAAUCAAAGACACUACUCCUGUUACCGAUACUGCUGAGGAUGACGCCGAGAUUGCAGCGGCUGAGGAAGAAGGUGGAUUGACAGAAGCGGCCACUAAAGCUAAGCAUAAGACAAAAUCACAUAUUAUGGGCGCUUUCAAAGCUGCUGGGAAAAAGAUGGCAGGAUUCCAUGGGGAUGUCGCUGUGGAUGGCACUAAGAAACAGGCACGUACAGAAGCAAUAGACCGUGGUGACGCCGAUCUGACGACUGGCGAAAAGAUCGGUUCAAAAGUGGAUAAGUUGCUCUUCAGAGGUAACAUCAAAGACGAAGGGUCCAAUCACUCUUUCCCCUGUAAACUUGAUAAAACUUCAGGUCAUAUCAUCCUUGAAAACAGGAACGAUAUCAUCAAGGAACCAAGAAUCACCUUUGUGCCAAUUUCAGGUAAAAGCGAACAUUUCGUUUGGCCAAUCGACGAUAUCGUGGAGAUUAAAAAGAGUCACGUUUCAAUGACUCGUAUGGCUUUGGGUUGGGCAUCGGGAGCAGAUGUAGAGGGGUUAGGUUUGACGGUGCGAUUUAAGCCUCGCUCUCAGCAAAUUGCAGAACAUGUUGGUAGCGAGAAGGACGAAGGUACUACAAUCCAUCUCACCAGAGUUGGUAGAAGAGAAGAGCUGUUCGUUAGACUGGUCAGUAUGGGUGUACAGAGAUGGGAAGUGCUUUAG